AUGUAGUACCCUCCCUGCACAAUUAGCCAAUCAGCGGCGUGCUCUGCCAGCCAGGAGGACGCAUAAAAGAAGAACAUUGCAGCAGAGGCACAGAAGGAGACUGCGAGAGGAGCAGGGAAUUACACACACAAACAGCAGAACCAGAACACCCUCCCCUGGACACACCCUGCUGAGGAUCACUGCUUCUCUUUUUUUCUGAACCGUCGCCCACGCCACUCGGAGAGAACGCUCUCCCUCACCGUCAGCCAGCAGAAAACCCCCUUUCUCCUCAUUUUCAUCCUAUAGAGGACACCUACAAUCUCAGUGGGCUGAGAUUCCCUGACAAAGAUUGUAUUUUUUUCCUUUUUUUCUUUUUUUUUUCCCCCCCUUUUCAUUUGGACUCCUGUCAGAAGACAAGGGGCCGUGUAACAUAUAAAAGGCCGAAGAGCACCGAGAGCGCCGCCGCCGUACGAGCUUCGAGACCAGUUCAAGGAAGGACCUAGAUUUCUUACAUUGUACGUCAAGAAUGGUUACUAUAAUCAGCACCAUGGAAACCCAGGUGUCCAAUGGUCCGAGUGGAACCAGUAUGCCAAACGGUCCAGUCAUCAGCACCAACGGCUCCACGGACGACAGCAAAACCAAUCUGAUCGUCAACUAUCUGCCUCAGAACAUGACCCAGGAGGAGUUCAAAAGUUUGUUCGGUAGCAUUGGAGAGAUCGAAUCCUGCAAGCUAGUCAGAGACAAGAUAACAGGUCAGAGUUUGGGAUAUGGCUUUGUAAACUAUGUGGAUCCAAAUGAUGCGGACAAGGCCAUCAACACACUCAAUGGUCUCAAAUUACAGACUAAAACAAUCAAGGUAUCAUAUGCCCGGCCAAGCUCGGCUUCUAUUCGUGAUGCCAACCUUUAUGUAAGUGGGCUCCCGAAGACCAUGAGCCAGAAAGACAUGGAGCAGCUGUUCUCCCAGUACGGUCGCAUCAUCACAUCCCGCAUCCUAGUGGACCAAGUCACAGGCAUAUCACGAGGAGUGGGCUUCAUCCGGUUUGACAAGCGAAACGAGGCGGAGGAGGCCAUCAAAGGUCUGAACGGACAGAAGCCUUUGGGUGCCGCUGAGCCCAUCACUGUCAAGUUCGCAAACAACCCCAGCCAGAAGACAGGCCAGGCCUUACUGACUCAGCUGUACCAGACCGCUGCCCGCCGCUACACGGGGCCCCUGCACCACCAGACUCAGCGUUUCAGCGUGAUCCCUUCACUUGGAAAGGGACCAGAUCCAAAUAGCAGCUCAAAACCAAUACUCGACAAUUUACUAAACGCCAGCUACGGAGUCAAGAGUUCUCCUACUCUCUUCCCCAGAUUCUCGCCCAUCACCAUUGACAGCAUGACCAGCCUGGCCGGGGUCAACCUCACCGGUCCAACUGGAGCCGGCUGGUGCAUCUUUGUCUACAACCUGUCCCCCGAGGCGGACGAGAGCGUCCUGUGGCAGCUCUUUGGGCCGUUUGGCGCCGUCACCAAUGUCAAGGUCAUCCGUGACUUCACCACCAACAAAUGUAAGGGCUUUGGCUUUGUCACCAUGACCAACUACGACGAAGCCGCCAUGGCCAUUGCUAGCCUUAACGGCUACCGCCUGGGCGACCGCGUGCUGCAGGUUUCCUUCAAAACCAGCAAGCAGCACAAGGCCUGAGAGAGAGAGAGGCUGCUGGCACCAGCUCCUUCGACCUGCAGGGAGAGCGACCUGAGCUCCCUGCGUCAUCACUCAACAUGGGCCUGGACUGAGUCUCUCUCUGACACAUUCUCACACAAAGUCAUAAUAUAUUAUUACAAACGCAGACAUGCAGAUAUUCACACAUAAUCACACGCACACACGCACACAUACACACACGCAAACCAAACAUAUCCAUACGCGAGCAUACACACGUCAGAGUUCAAACAAACACACUAGUGGAGUUUUUCUUUUCUCUUUACACAACAUGCUAGUCCUUCCCUAUAUUUGCCUGGAUUGAAUUAGAAGGGGUACGUAGCUGGUUUGUUGGGUAGGGGCAAGAGCUAUCUAUUUAGGAGACAGUCUAACGAAUGUGACAGAGAAUGUGUACGGAGUGCUUUGAUUGAAUUCAGGCAAAUAAUGACAACUGAUGAACAAAAUGAUCAAAAAAUUUAAAUGAACGAAUAUGUGCAAUUUACCCAAACUCUUACCCCACCAUCUCUCCCACUAUCUUGCUGGAGAGGAUGUAGUCACUUUUUUUACACUUGGGCAUUUUGAAUCAGCGAUUUUUUUAAAUCAAAGAAAAAUGAAAUUAAAAAACAGUGUUCUCUUAUAUACGUCUAUUAAAAUAUAACUAUAUAUUCAAUAUUUAAGGUGGUUAUAAUAGCCGAGUAUGUAAGCAUUUUCUAGAAACUUUGACUACUGUUUCCUGACCUGCAUUUAGGUGGUGCCUACUAGCGUAAAAAAGGCAGUUCCUCUACCCUAUGUGAGCUCGUUAGCUCAGACCCAAUAUGAUUUAGGAUAACUAAUACGAAUACGAAUACUGGUCACAGAAAAGAGUAGUCCAAAGGCCAUCAGAAUCACUCUCUCCCUCACAGUCUCACACCGAACAAAACAAUCGUCACUUAUGUAUCACAGAAACACAGUUCAGUAACUAGAGGAUAUACACACAUAUAUAUAGUCCACAGAAACAGAAAGAAAAAGAAGUUCCUGUAUUUUUUCUAAUCGAUCCUCAAGAUGGAUUCAACACAAGUAGACUGUCUGGUGAACUCAGAGCAGAGUGGCAGUAUACUUGCAUGGUGACAGUGCUCAUUAGUAAACUCUCUUGUGGGUAAGAGACAGAGACGAAUGCGAGGGGAAAACAGUCUCACCAUAAACACAGCCACGUCAAAGGAAAAUACCGGUGUUUUUUCACUUUUUGCAUAAUAAUUUGUUUUUUAAAUUGUAGCUUUAUUCGACAUUAUCCACAGGCCAGCUUACUUUGCACGGCUCUGUCGGCCACGAUAUGGUGUGAGAUCCCUUUAACUGACAUUGCUGUCACAGGAGAAAAUGCAAACAGGACGUGAAAGACAACAAGAUGUGAUGUUGUUCUGGCUGACUGCUUUGAAUUUGAACGUCACUGUUACUUAAGAGAGGUUCUUCAGAUUUGUCUAAAUAAAACUGAAGCAGAAGAUUUGAUCAUUUCAAUAUGAUUAUGAUCCAAGUAGCUGCAAAAGGUAACUGAAAAAAAAGUCAGACAACACACCCACAAACUGAACAGUGGUCUAGGCAGGUCUGCAGAGAAAUAACCGAGAUGAGCAAAAAAUUCAACAGCACCGGUAUUAUUCUUCAGUCUAGUGCACAGAUAGAAGCUCCCUCUGUAAUUGAGGUCAAAGGGCUCUACAGUACAAACACGCACAGGGCAGAAAACGAGGAGUGCGUUUCCUAAUGGCUUAACAUCUGAAGCUGACUUGAAGUCACAACGUGUGAGCAAUGAUAUCUGGCGACGCUAAAAUCAUCAUUGAUCCUUUGAGGAGAAAGAUUACCAGUUCCUCCAGCUUUUCCUGUUUUAUUUAAAACCCCCUCUAUUCUCUCAAAAGCUUCCUGCCCUCUCAAAAGAUGACUGUACAACAGCAAGGCCGCAAAUAAGUGUCACAACUAUACUUCUGUUUACAACAGAAAGCUACUCAUUUAUUUGCUUCAGAUCUGUUUGGCACGACUACGAAAAUAGCAUUUCUCAAAAUAUCCCCCAGCCCAAUUGCAUGAAAAUUAUUUAUGGCACCCUGAUGAAACAUUAAGGCCAUCCUGUCUAGUCGAAAUGUCUGUUCAAGACCAGACUCGAGAUUUAACAUGGGGAGAGCUGUCUUUCAAUAUCGAGACAUCUGCACAUGAUAAUAGAUAAAAUAAGGUCAACUAUAUUCAAGCCAUUUUGCUUUUGCUUUUCUAAAUGACGCUGUGUUAGCCAAAGAGGACGAUCUCUUUGAAAGGAUUACAUUAGAGAUAAAUCUAUUUUUAUACAUACAAAAGAACAAGACCUUGUGCUGAAUUUUUACAGAUUCUUAAGCUUGGAAAAAAUUGGGACAUCGCAUGGCUUUAUUUUGAACCCUCCGAUCUUUGCAGAGCAAGGGGGUGACAAGCAUGCGGUGUAUGGGUGGGGAUUUAGGGAGGGGGCGAAGGAACAUUGUAUCGUGUACAAACCUAACCAUUCAACCAUAUCAAAACAAUUGAAAGGAACGGAACAAAAAACAAAUUUGGCGUAAAAAAAAAGAAGAAUAUUAUACAGUUGGGGGUGUGACACUUCUGAGUGCUUAUAGACACACUCACAUCUCUUGUCCUGAAGUUGUGUACAGUGUGGCGUCAAUGAUGGUGCAGUGAAGUUCUUUGACUUGAGAAUCCCAGACAAAGCGGCAGUGAGAGCAGCUCAUUGCUCAGCUGAAAAAACUGAAGCGCUGCUUGCAAAUGAUAAUAAAAUAAAAAAGGUGGAACGCAGACUCAAACCGUUAAACCAAUUCAAACUGAACAUUGAGCAUGAUUUAUUAUGAUUAGAUAGAUUUGAUUUUUGCCAAAGAAUUGCUUUGCAAGUCAGUACCAAGAAGGAUAAUUAAGACUAACUAUAUUAUUCCCCAGAGUAAUUGCUGUACAAAUCUAUGUUAUUUAUUGAACAAGGACCCUCUACAAUUUCAGUUAUCGUUACUUUUGAAUAUCUAAGUUGCGCAUAUCAGUUUGCAUUCGUAAAUCCUUAAAACCAAUAAACCAAAUGCUAACGUGAAACAGCUGCAAGCGUUCCCAUUUGCACACAUUCCAUUGAGACACCGAAUGAGAAAAAAAGGCAUAUCAAAAACAAAUUGUGACGAAUAAAUUCACCUCUUGACAAAGGAAAAAUCAAAGGCAUCCAUAUAAUGUAUUUCCCCCGACAUUUAUAUCAUCUGCUUUGUCUUUGUGACCUAAAAACAUUAACAUUGCACCACUUCAAAUACUUACUCUUUCGAUCGAACUCAUACUGUUUCACUCACCCGAAAUACUCUGAAUGACGGUCGCUGGCAUGUCCAAAGACAACCACGUGAAAGGACUGAUCCGGCUAUUUUUGGGUUGAGCAAUUUGCGAGAGAUAGCAGAGUAGGACUGAGAACUUGAUGAGACCAGUGAUGGACGUUAGGAACAACCGAGAUAACAGGCCGUGUUGAACUGCAGCUGGAGUUGUUUACCCAGCCAUGUCCACUGUAGUACAGUCAAACCCACAGAGCAAACUCACAGCCCGAAACGACCUUUCAUACACAAAGACCUUACACCUAAUGUACAGUAGAGAGCAAAGGACCAUGGCAGGAAACAGUACUACACUGCUUGAGCAACAACAAUAAAUCAUUUAAAAAAGACAAAAAAACUUUCCUAUGGAACAGUAAGUGCAAUGUGCUUUGUUUUUAUAUUGACUGAGAACAAAUGAUAUAUAUUUUUAAAAAAAGAAAUUAAACGUCACACUGAAAAAGGUUUGCGGAAGAGCGAAAGGAGCAAAAAGUUCGGACGGAAACAAGAGAAAUGAACAGACUCGUUUCAGAAAAUCAAACAAGCAAUGAGAGCUCUGAUCGAACAAAAUUCCCAUUAUCACUUCCUCAGCCCCUAAUUUGUGCUCUGACCACGCAAGCUCAAAUAAAUUGCAUAUUUGGCUGAUCAAGUAGAGCAAAUCUCAAUGACCUUGAAAGGAAUACUGUCUAAUAUAUCAUCAGUUUUAGCCCAUGUCAAUUUCAAAUAUCAUUUUUUUUCCUGUAAUUUAUUGAUUUCAUUUACAUAUCAAGACUCACUUGUUGAAUUAGCGUAUUUGUGUUGUUGAUGUUGCCAUAGAGAACACACAUGGGUCAAAGAUUAUGUUUGGUUGCAUUGAUUGGGUACAGUUUAUUAUGUUUUCUUCCAUUACUUAAUUAGUUGCAGUUUUUACAGUGUAUGCAGAUUUUAGACUUAGUUAGAUUUUUUUAUUUCAAUCAAACUGUGUUCAAUUGUGUUUGUAAAAGUCUGUGGUAGCUUUUGUUGCAACAUAAAAAUAAUUUAAACAGAAAAAAUUCAAAAUAGCGCCAACAAACUUGUAUUAUUUGGGCGACUUUAAGCUUGUAGUUUUAACUUAUUGUUAACUUAAAAACUAUUUAUUAUGAUUAUUAUUAUUGCCUCGUAUAAAGUAUGUUUUGUGUAUAUUUAUGGUUUAUUUCAUUAUAUUUGCAAGUUUAAAAGAUUUUAAGUUUGCCAAAAUUGUGGUUACACCAUUUCGUUUCUUAAAAAGGGGGACAAAUAGAAAAACAGCUUUAGAAGUACGAUCUGGAAACGUUCUCCAUAGUCAAAGAAUGCACUGCUAUAUUUAACUAAUUGAAGUGUAUAAACAUACAUGCUGUGUGCUAGAUGUUAUGCCUUUACUGCCUGUGUUCUGUUUGUCUUGUUCAAUGAAAAUCUUUUAAUUAUUUAAUCUAAUCACAGUCUUGUUUUUUCAACCACUCGGCGAACCCCUGAGACAUGGUACAGACCCCGGAGUGAGGCUUCGGUCCAUGUGAGGGUCCAGCGUUUAGCUAGUACCAGAGGAGAUGUCCUUGGUUUGACAUGCUCUCAAGAAGCUUUCCUGUUUAUGCCAAUGGGUUUACUUAUAUAUUUAAAAAAAAGAAAAGAAUAUAAAAGGGUUCUGUUUCUGUAAAAGCAUUGUAAUAAUGAAAUCAUCUGUAUCAAUAUCAAUAUCAAUUUGUGCAACUGAAACAAAGAUGUUCUCUGGAAACCCAGCCAAGAGCUCUGGCAAAAGAUAUGAGAGCUCAGACAAGCUGCAGGAAGGUUUUCUUGGGAGUCUCUGGGGUAGUAAAGGGGCGAGUGGUCCUUCUGUUUCUCAACCAACUGUAUUUUGUGUCUAUUUAUUUAGAAGAGGGGACGCAGUAACUUAGUGAUGUUUUUCUUACAUUUUCCUGGAAUGGUAGAACAAAUCAAAGGUGAAAAUGAUCAAAACAGUUCCGCUUGACACCACUAUCAGCGGAAAAGAAAUACAAAAUCUCAUACUUCCAAACAUGACCAAAUGAACAAUGUCAAAAUUUAACAAAGGAAAAAAAAAAAGAAGACCUUUCAGUUUAGUCUAGGAUAUUUAUUACUGGGAUUUCAGCUGAAGACGCUUGAAGACUUUUUCAUGGAAUUGUUUAAUUAUUUGUACUUUACAUGCCAGAAAAAAUAAAAGUUACAAAUAUGAA